AUGGAGGGCCAGGGCGAAGACACGGCCACAGUGGUGCAGCCUGUGGUCUUCAUCGUCUACCACUCCGCCGUCUUCGGCAACCCCCACCACUUCUGCGUCCACAUGUCCUUCAAGGGCCGCACCGUCCUGUUCGACUGCGGCAUCCACCCGGCCUACUCCGGCAUGGCGGCGCUGCCCUACUUCGACGAGAUCGACCCCUCCGCCAUCGACGUCCUCCUAGUCACCCACUUCCACUUGGACCACGCCGCCUCGCUGCCCUACUUCCUCGAGAAGACGACGUUCAAGGGCCGCGUGUUCAUGACCCAUGCCACCAAGGCCAUCUACAGGCUGCUGCUCUCGGAUUACGUCAAGGUCAGCAAGGUGUCGGUGGAGGACAUGCUGUUUGACGAGCAGGACAUUAACUCCACCUUGGUCAUAGACUUCCACCAGACACUUGAAGUUAAUGGCAUACGCUUCUGGUGCUAUACUACUGGCCAUGUACUUGGUGCUGCCAUGUUCAUGGUGGAUAUUGCCGGUGUUCGCAUUCUUUACACCGGUGACUACUCCCGUGAAGAAGACCGGCACCUGAAAGCUGCUGAGAUCCCCCAGUUCUCCCCUGAUAUUUGCAUUAUUGAGUCAACUUAUGGCGUGCAGCAACACCAACCCCGCCAUGUCAGAGAAAAGCGCUUCACUGAUGCCAUCCACAACACUGUUUCUCAAGGGGGGCGUGUUCUUAUCCCGGCAUAUGCUCUUGGUAGAGCACAGGAACUGUUGCUUAUCCUGGAUGAGUAUUGGUCUAACCACCCAGAGCUCAAUAAGAUUCCAUAUUAG